AUGAGCAGAUACGAGCCGGACUUUUCACUCGCCCUCGGCAAGAACAGGGGGAGGCCCGAAGUGACUUAUCAACCCUCCAUGUCUCUUGUGCAUCCCCCUAUACGCUCUCCUGAACCUCAGUCCGGCUUCGUGGUCGUCCACUCUGGGCGAUACCGCCACAGGGCCUCUGGGUCAAGUCAAGGUGACGAUGACAGACGUAGACGACAGGGCGUACGUCCUCAGCGCCCGCGACGAGCCACUGAUCAAGAUGCAAGAGCAUGGGGACUCGAAACAGGACUCGAAAUGGCCCGCUGGGACCCUGACGAACAGCCUUUCGUUUUCCUCGGAUCCAUCCUUGACCAACAUAAUCUCGGAAGACUCAUCCUCGACUAUUCUGUUGCAUUUCGCGGGUCUAAUGCCCCUAUGACAGCGGUUGUCGAGGACUUCUGCGAUCAGCUCCUGGUAUUGAACGAGGACCUCAAGCAGUGCAAGCAUUUCGACCCGUCAGGCAGGUCGCAGGAAUCAAGGGACACAGUGGACUGGUUUCUCUCAACGGGGGACAAGAUGAAUGCCAGUGUGCAACAUCUUCUCAAAGUGUGCCAAGAAUACAUGCUGGGAUCGUUAAGAGAGGAUGGGAGCGUGGGGAGAGAGGCCUGUGCAAGGUUCAUAGAUGUUUUCCUCGGCCGCGAUUACGAGCUGGAGAAAGCGGAAAUGCUCACGCAAAACAUGCACGCGUGGCAUGUUGACUUUCAAAAGAGUUGCGCACCACGCCUCCGAGGCAUCUAG